AUGUAUUUCGUUCAAAUUAGUGAAUUUUCAACGAUCGACGGAAACAUUGAAAGUGAUCUUGGUCAACUUUGGUUGUUGAAAAAAAAUGAAACUUCAUCGAGUGCAUGUGGAGAAGAUGGACAAGAGCAUAAAGAAGAAGGCGAGGACAUUUUCAUCGAAGCAAAAGCAAACGCAAGAAUGGUUGUUGCCAAAAAAUCUUCAUCAUAUGCACAUCAGUCCUUGAUUUCAGAAGAUGAAUUUAAUUUGUUGAGACCAAUUCAGCCAAACGUAAAAAGGCUAGAAGUGUUUAACGAGAAAAGUUGGUUGAAAGAAGGUGUAUGUUCCAAGCUGGAUGAUGAAGUUUUAAUUCUUAAAAUUGGCAAAACGGAAACAAACUUGACUGGCAAAAUAAAAUAUAAAGGCCCUGUUCCUGGCAAAGAUGGGACAUAUUUUGGAGUUGAACUUAAUUCUGAGUUCAGUGGAAAAGGGGCUCAUAGUGGAAUAUAUCGAGAGAAAAAAUUUUUUGAUUGUGCAAAAAAUUGUGCCCAAUUUACAACUUUGUCUAACCUCAAAUUACAGCGAGUUUCCAAUUCUGCUGCUCAGUGCCAGGCACUGUCAGGUUCGUUGAAUGUAUCUAUCUCUUCAUUUCCAUCAAACUCACUAAUAGACAAUUCCCAGUUAAGUUUGGGUGACAGAAUAAUCUGGUAUAAUGAUAAUGAUGAUGGAGAGUUUGGAAAUGUGAGAUGGAUUGGAGAACUACCUGACCAUAAUGGCAGCUUUGCUGGUGUGGAAUUUGAUAACCCAAUUGGCUCUGCGACUGGCAUCUACAAAAAUGUUAAAUAUUUUACUGCCAGACCAAAACAUGCGUUAUUUUUGCCCAUGGCAGGGCUUGUUAGAGCAAAAGAUGUCUUAUUCAUGGAUCAGUUAAUUAAUGGUGUGGAUUUCCCAUGGACUGAUGAUGAAAACGUUAAGCUAAAUGUUUUUGAAAGUGUUUUGUAUUCGUUGUUCUCCUUCAACAGUUCAUUUGAUAAUUUAUUUAACGUUGAUGAUUCUAAAACUAGUCUUAAAUGUUUAAUUAGAGAAAGAAUAUACAAUAAUGUUAUUCAAGUCUUAAGGAAGGAUCUUUCUAUAUUGGAUAAGAAGGAAACAGGAAGCAUAAUGAGCAUCAUGCAACCUAUCUAUAAAGAAUUUAAUGAAAAACUUGUGAGUUUAGUUUACAAAAAUUCAUUCAACUGUUUGUUAUCCUUUUUAGAUUUCACAAUUGAUACUUAUAAAAACAUUGAAUUUCACGUAAUAUCCGAUUUAAUCAUCAAUAAUAACAAAAAGACAUAUUUGAAUUCUCAAGAAGCUUUUGAAAUGUCGUGCUUGAGAAAAAAGCAAAUGAAUUUUUCUACCAACAAAUUUAAAGUUUUCGUGUUAGGAAUCAAAAGAUCACCUUCUGUUUGCAUAGUUCCUUCUCUCCACCUCCAAUUUAAUUUCACUAGAAAACUCCGAAAUAAGCAAACACAACCUGCCUCGAGUUCAGAUGAGAAUUCUUCAUUGGGAGAUGAACAGUCAGAAACGAAUUUAUUGAAAUUAUUUGCCGUUGUAUCGGUAAUUAACCGCAAGUACGUCACGUUUGUAAAGAAACAAAAUACAAAAACUGACGAAAUCUUUACCAAUAACAACGCCGACACGCAUUUUAACAGCGCAAAUACGUUUUAUGAUGAGUGGUUGUGCUACGGAUCAUUGGAUAACAAGGUAGUUACGAUGAAAUGUAUGGAUGACUGCCUCAUCAACAUUCUUACAUCUCCUUCUGACUCCUACCCUGAGGUCAUGAAGAACAUGAUUGAUGGAUUGUGUCUGUGUUUGUACUCUUAA